CCUGUGCAAAUGUCAGACUGAUUUACAGAAACGAAAAUACAAUUCAGAUAUCAAGUUUUUUGUGACCAAUUUUUCGGAAGUGUGAAACGAUAAACGCAUUUCAAAUUUGCAAACUGUUUUAUGGAAAGUAACGCAUGUUGUUCGAUACAUAUUCAUAAAAUGAAUGUCAACGUUCAGUACGGCAUCCAAACUGAUGCUAGCAGCGAUUCAUCGCAAAGGUAAAUGGGUUUCGUUUCCAAAGUACACGAAUUUCUUCCGCAAAGAAUUUACAAUCCAUCUGGCCGUAGCUCGAUUUGCAAUCACUUGGAAAUCACCGUUCUGGAAGAACGUAAAAUUCAAUCUCAGCCAGGAUAAUAGAUGCUAGCACUAAUGAGCGCUCCAAAGCCUGCUUUCCCGGAGAUUGACAAUGACAAGUUUGAGACCAUCAUGAAAAUAUCAAACAAAGACACGGUCGAGCAAAAGAAGGAUCGUUCAAAUAACGACGCAGACCCUUCAAGAACCCUCCAGCUUUUACGAGUCAAAGGAUUUCCUCGAUUACUACCUGAAGGUAUCCAAGCGUUGGUCAGUUACUGCCAAUACCUGCAGGAAUUAUCAUUGUCCUAUUCGUUUGUCAGUGACGAAUUGCUGUUAGCCUUAAGUGCUGAGAAACAGGUGCAAUUAGAAACUCUACGAUUGGAAGCUCAUCCGGAGACAAAACCGCUCCCUCGAGUCAGUGACAAAGCCUGGUUUACGUUUUCCAAUAAUUUUCCAAACAUAAAUCUUGUACUAUUAUCUUAUAUGACAAACGAAGAUGAUCAGACACCGCUGAUUGCACCGUACGUUCCUAUUACACACCUGUACUUUGGAGAAGCACCAUCUGAAGCAACUGUAUUAUGCAUUGCCGAUCAGUGUCCUCAAUUAGUCGAGCUGGUGAUCGCUGCUUAUGGACCUGGUCUACUCGAUGAUGCAUUACUUUCUAUAGCUGAAGGAUGUCCACGUCUAAACGCCGUUGGUUUGGGCGAUUGUGAAAUCACUUGCUCAGGAUUGUUGGAAUUUGUUACACGAUGUGCGAAACGUUUACAAAUUCUGUACGUAUGGGAAACGUCGUUGGUCGAGGAUUCCGAGCUUGAUGUUACGAAAGUAUCAAAGAACGUAUCGUUACGACUUGGUCGUACGUGGGUACCUGAAUAUAUACCGUUGUAUUAAAUAAAACAAGUAAUCCGAAGCAAUUUAUACAAGAUACAGUUACAAAUAAUGGCCGGCAAUAGUUCGGGUACAUAGCAGAAAUGUGUGUGAGUAAUAAACUAGGCUUUAUAGAUAUUUCUUUUCUAUCUUUUGUAUAAAUCGUUUAUGUGAAUGAUUAUUGACUAUUGACUCGUAGAAUGGAUAUCAUAUACACAUUGUAGGUUUCCAAUAUUCUUAGGACUGCUGUAUUCUUUGAAGAACCAGAAAUUUUAAGGUAAAAAAGAUUGUACAUACAUAGUUUACCAUAUUGUAUUGAUAACAAGGAAACCACGUAAUUGCAUUUCAUUAAUUUGUAUUAUUUAUGUUGGUGUUCAAAUAACUUCAUGAAAAGGUCGAACUUCGAUGCCGUAAAAAUAAAAAAGAACGAAAAAUGCCUCGUAUUGUAAAAAUUGCUCGUAUCUGUUAAUACCAAAAAUAUAAACUUUAUUAGAUUAUAAUGGUAUCUUUUGCGUGUGAUGUAUAUAAAAUAAAAUAAUAUUACUACUUAUUUACCAACCGUCGCUCAUGAUAGAUAUGUAUAAUAUACAAUAAUUGAUAUAGUCUAUGAUGUUAUUGUAAUACAACAGAGUAUGUACAUUAUUUCUACAUUAUAACACAAUAAAUGAUUGGAUAUAUUUAAUAUUUA